AUGACCUGGGUGGAUACGUUGAGGGCACAGCUGGAGGAAGAGCGGCGGAGGAGUGAAGGGGAAGGGGAGAGUGGGAGAAAGGGUGGGUGUGGCAAGGGAUCUAGUUUAGAGGCGCCUCAGAAGGAGAGUGGGAGAGUGAAGGGUGGGUGUGGCAAUGGCAAUGAAUCUGCUGCGCUGCUGCUGCCCGGCUUAGAUGGCCAUGGUGACGGUGACGCUAUUGCUGAUGCUGGUGAUGAUGAUGGUAGUGGCGGUGUUGCUGCUGGUGCUGGUGCUAGUGCUGGUGCUGGAGCUGGUGACGGUGGUGGUGGUCGUGACAGUGCUACUGAUCGUUCUGCUGCUGCGACUGCUGGUGCUGCAGAUGGGGAGGCACAUGGGGACGAUGAGUCGCAGGUGGAGGGAGGUGAGGGAGAGAGAGAGCGCGAAGUUUCAGGAGGGGAAGACGGGAGAAGUAGAGAGGAGAAGGCAGGGUAUGAGGGUUCGGGGACUUCAGCUCCACACACCGUGUUCCCGGACCUGCUCAUGCAGCCAGGUUCGGCAGGUGUGGGGGUAGGAACGGGAGGUGGAGUGGCUGGGGUAGGGGGGAGUGAGGUGGGGGGGGUGAGAGGGAGGAGGAGGCGGUUGGUGGUGGCACAGAGGAGGCGUGGGGAUGCUGGUAAUGGGGAAGAGAUGGGGGGGACAGGGGGCGGACUGGGGGCAGGAGGGGCAGUGGGAGUUGCGAGAGCAGGGGUGGCAGGGAUGGCAGGAGGGGCGGCAGGAGGGGCGGCAGGAGGGGCGGCAGGAGGGGUGGCAAGAGGGGUGGCAGGAGGGGUGGCAGGAGGGGCGGCAGGAGGGGUGGCAGGAGGGGUGGCAGGAGGGGUGGCAGGAGGGGUGGCAGGAGGGGGAGAGGGCGAGGAGAAGCAUGGGCUAGUUCACACAGGGACGGAUAGCGGCAUGAAUCAUGCUCAUGGUAGUGCAGGCGGCAGUGUCGCAGGUGCUGUUGCUUCUGCUGCUGCCAUGCCCAACCGUGCUGUGACAGCCAGUAUUCCACCUAACUGUACCAUGCCUGCUGCUGCUGUAACAGGUAGUGCGGUUACUGCUGUAGCGGGUAGUGCGGUUACUGCUGUAACAGUUAGUGCAGUUACUGAUGUAACAGGUAGUGCGGUUACUGCUGUAGCGUGUGGUGCAGGUACUGUAGGUACUGUAGUAGCCGAUUCUGCUACAGGGGGUGCUGCUGUUUCAGGAGCGGCUGUCAGUGCUGUGAACCAGCGCACUCUGUUGAAUCCACCUACUCUGUUGAAUUCUCCUGGCGUGAUGGUGCCCUUUGACCCUCUUCAGUCGCAGCAGGGCGCGUCAGGUGGUGUGCUUGGUGGUGCACAGGCAGGCAGGGCAACAGAGAGAGUGAGCGUGUCUGGUGCGGCAGGGUCUGUUGGAGUCACCACAGGUGUGCCGGGUGUAGCCGGUGUGACCACAGGUGUGCCAAGCACUGGUGUAACAAGCAGCGGCGGCGUGACCAGCAGUGGUGGUGUCACAAGCAACGCGUCAAGCGGCAAACCUACCAGUACGGCCAGUGGCAUAACGGCCGGGUUACCAGCAGUGACAGCAGCAACAACAGCAGCAGCAGCAGCGGCAGUGGCAGCGGCGACGGCAGCGGUGGGGAAGGGAGCGGAGAGUGUGGAGGGGGUGAUGGAGCGGCUGGAGCAGCUGCACGCCACGCAUGGCGCCGUGCUGAAGCAGUGUGUGCACCUUGAGAGACGCGUUGAAGAGCUCGAAGGACAGGUGGGUGCAGAGUGGUGGGUGCAGAGUGGUGUGCGCAGAUGGGGAAGGAAGGAAUGGAGGGACAGGGUGUUGAGGAAUGCAUGCCACUCAUGGCGCUGUGGACGAGAGGUGGACGAGCGGAAGGAGCAGCAUACGGCAUGGCUGGAGGCGAGGGUGAGGGAGCUGGAAGCAGCAGUGGACGACAGCAAGCACUGGGCGCAGCAACGGGUGAUGCAAGUAGCACAGAAGCUGGUGAGGGAGAGCAAGGAGCUGCGGCAGCUGAGGGCGGAGCGGGAGGAAUGGGUGAUGCAGGUGGCGCAGAAGCUGGUGAGGGAGAGCAAGGAGUUGCGGCAGCUGAGGGCGGAGCGGGAGGAGUGGGUGCGCAGCCGGCGCGAGCAGGACGGCAAGGAGGAGAGCGCCGCGCGCCAGCUGGGCGAGAUGGAGGCGGCCCUCCGGAAGGCGUCGGGGCAGGUUGACCGUGCCAACGCUGCUGUUUGUCGGCUGGAAGCAGAGAACGCUGAGCUGCGAGCGGAGCUGCAGGCGGCGGGGCUGAGGGUGAGCGAGGCGAGUGCCAAGCUGUCGCCAUAUAAGCUGCUGCGAGCGGAGCUGCAGGCGGCGGGGCUGAGGGUGAGCGAGGCGAGUGCCAAGCUGGCAGAGGCGGGCAAGCGGGAGGGCAAGGCGCUCAAGAGGGUGCAGGCCAUCGAGCGGGUCAAGGCGAAGCUGCAGGAGGAGCUAGGGGAGGAGAGGCGCAAGCUGGCAACGGCCCUGUCCGACCUGGAAGCGACGCGGCGGCGGCAGCAGCAGGCGGAGCAGCGGUGGCGGCAGGAGGAGAAGGUGCGCGAGGAAGCAACCGCGCGCGCCGACGCAGAGUGCCGCGCGCGCGAGCAGGCGGAGACGGCGUGGAAGCAGCGCGAGGAGACGCUCAGAGCCAAGAGCGAGGCGGACGUGAAGAGGGUCCGUGGCGAGGUGGCAAGACUGGAGCGGGAGGUGGUGCAGCUGCGGAUCAUGGCCGGAGCGAGCCUAUCGUGUGCCUCGCCUGCAACGACGCUCUCCUCGCCCGCCGCAUGCCCGACUGCCCCACGUGCCGCUCGCCCAUCUCGCAGCGCAUCCGCGUCUUCGGCCCGCAGUGCGGCCUUCAGGAUGGCGCCUGGCUACGGCCAGGGUGGCAGAGGCGGCGGGGGCUUCAGGUGGGGUCAGGGCGGAUGGGGGCAGUUCGGCGGCCACCCAGGACAACGCAUCGGAGCACUGGCGGCGCGCAUGCUGGGUAACAACGUGGCUGACGCAUCAGGCACAGUCACGGGCGACGUCAACGCUACGGGCGUCGUGCUGCUCGCCGUCUACAACUACAGCGGCGACUACAACAUCCGCUACGGUGCCGCCCUCAAGCUCACCGACGCGGGCCUGCCCACGUCCAUUACCAUCAACGACAACGCCACGUCAGCAGUCGUCCUGGACUUUGGCGCCAGUGCCACGUGGACCAAUCUCACGUGGUCCGGAAACUGCUCUGCACUGAACGCCAAUGGUGCUCUGAAGCGCGGCGCCCGCCGCCAGCCGCCCUUCCCCAAGUUCUUCGGCUUCUUCCGCCCGCCCGUUCCCUCGGGAUUUGUUUAUGGGUUUGCUGGGAUGUGGUAUAAUGCAAGCACUAUUACCACGGCGGCCGGGCCGACUUAUAACUCUUGGGUCGUUUGCGGCUCGGAACCCGCCUGCUGCGACGUCUUACUGGAGCCGAUACUAGAAAGGGAUGCAGAGGGAAGGCUGGGAAUGGGAGGUGAAUUAGGGGAAGGGUUAUUUGUCGAGAGUGGGGAUUGUGAGUGUGAAUCGGGUGGAUUGGGGUGCAGUAGGUGA